AUGGCAAUGGCAGCAUACCUCUCUAGGAUCGCUAGGCUCUCUGCCUCCCAUCAAAACCCAGUACGAACCUUCUCCUCAUCCAUCACCCCUUUUUCAUCAUUUCGCGCUUUGAAAUCUGCUAUCAAAACAGAAGAAGACCCACUUAAGAUCGCCAAACUCUUCGAAUUAUCGAUUUCGAUACCCACAUUUAGACGCUUUCGGCCUCUCUUCACCCUAUCCGUUCACAAGCUCUCUCGAUCCAAACGCUUCGACCUUAUCGACCGCAUACUCACCAACUCCAUCACCAGUUCCCCUCCUCCUCAGCUUGCUUCCGAAGGCUACUGGCUCCGGAUUGCGAUGUUAUACUCCCAAGUAGGAAUGGUUGACAAUGCACUCCAACUGUUCGACAAAAUGCUUCAACAACAGAACUGCACCCUCACUGAAAAAUCACUUUGUGGGAUUCUGUCUGUGAUGAUAGAUAACAAAAUUUACGAUGAUCAGUUGCUUCAGACGUUCGAGGCUUUUGUAACCAAAACAGGUAUUUCCCCUGGUGUAAAAUCCUAUAAUUUGAUUUUAAAAGCCCAUUGUAAAGGAGGUCAUGUGGAUGAGGCUCAGGCAUUGAUUGAGAAGAUGGAAACCGAAAACAAUGUGCAUCCAAACAUUGAUUCCUACAAUAUAUUGCUGGGAGGUUACUUGGAUAGCAAGAAAAAGAGUGCGUUUGAUAUGGUGGUGAAGCAGGUCAAUGAGAAAGGUUUGGAACAUAAUUUGACCACUUACAAUCACAGAAUCUUGAGGUAUUGCAAGAACAAAGAGUGUGUUAGGGCUAAGAAGCUGUUGGAUGAAAUGAUAUCAAAAGGAGUUGAACCUAAUUCUUGUAGCUAUAAUACUAUUAUCUUUGGGUUUUGUAAGGUAGGAGAUUUGGAAUCUGCUAAAAAGCUUCUUGAAAAAAUGGUUAGUGAUGGAUAUGUAAAGGCACCAUCGUUUGGUUAUUACACAUUAAUGAAGCAUAUGGUUGAAGAGGGAGAAUUUGAUGGGGGAUUGGAAAUAUGCAAAGAUAUCAUACAGAAGAAAUGGGUUCCUCCAUUUGAAGCCACUGGGCUUUUGGUCAAUGGAUUAGUCAAGAAUUCAAAAGCUGAUGAGGCAAAGGAAAUUGUGAUGAAGUUCAAGAAUAAGCUCAAUGGGCCUGCUUUACAAUCAUGGGGAAAGAUUGAAGCUACCCUUCCUAUAUAA